GCUUAGAUUUAGAUCACCUCUAUUUUGGUUUCCGAAAUUGUUAGGCCGGAUGCCAUGAUCGGGGUUCGAACCCCGGUACCUUCACUUGUGUGUGUGAGUUUAUAAUGGCUUUGCCAUUUCGUCUAUCUACCAAAAAAAAAAAAAUUAAAAAAUGUAAGUUGUGUAAAAUGAAUACCUUAAAAAAAAUUAUUUCAUUUCGUGACCAACAUCUCAAUGGAACUGAAUACCUUACUUUGGUUGGCAUACAAGCAGUGUAAAAUGUAAGUUGUGAAAUGAACCCCAAGUAUAGAAAAUAUAUGGUAAAAAUAUUUGAAAUAAUUAAUAAAAGACAAAGCAGUGAAUAUCCGCAUAACUGUCUAUUAGUGGACCCCGUUUGAGUCUUCACAAUGUCUCUUACAUAAACCUUUGAGGCCAUUGGAGUGGUGACCAAACAGCUUGGCUUGCUGUAAGCAAAAACAACAAUUUCAUCUCUAUUUAAGUGUGAUCACAAACAUAUUCUAAGUUUAAUAGAAAUUCUAAUGCUGUAACCCUAGAAAUACAUUAUGGAAGAAUCGAAAAACAAACAAUUAGAGUUAGUUGACACCCUAACUCCACUACCUCAAUCUGAAUCUGAACCUCGAGAGUUUUCCUACUUCCUUGAAGAAAAGGAACCGGGGAACGAAGGAACUUCAAGCAGUGUUGUUAAACAAGAGCGUGUCGUGAGUGAUCAUGCUACUUCUUCAGUUGAUCAAACUACUGCUGCUGGAACAGAUACAAAGGACUCAGUUGACCGAGUUCCUUUAGAUGCUGUACUAGCAAGGGUUGAAUCGCAGAAAAGAUUGGCUUUAAUUAAAGCAUGGGAAGAAAAUGAGAAGACAAAAGUAGAGAAUAGGGCAUAUAAGAUGCAAUCUGCUGUUGAUUUGUGGGAGGAUGAUAAGAAAGCAUCAAUUGAAGCAAAAUUCAAAGGAAUUGAGGUAAAAUUGGACAGAAAGAAGAGUGAAUAUGUUGAAGUAAUGCAAAACAAAAUAGGUGAAAUUCAUAAAUCAGCAGAAGAGAAAAAGGCAAUGAUAGAAGCUCAAAAAGGGGAAGAAAUCCUCAAGGUAGAGGAGACAGCUGCAAAGUUUCGUACUCGUGGCUAUCAGCCAAGAAGACUUCUUGGAUGUUUCAGCGGUUUAAGGUUUUUCAGUUAGAAAUAUGCAAGAGAAAAACUUUCAUUAGCUUGCUUGUUUUGGUUAUACAUUUAAUUUAAAUUUUGCUUCUUGUAUCGUUUUUUUCCUAAAUAGUUGUUGGUAAUAAAAGAUGGACAAUGAAAUUUGCAUUUGAAAACAAAUGAAACUUCGUUUA